GAGAUGCACGGGUGAGAGGUCAGACAGGGGUUCUCUCUGAGCGCCGCGGCUCCUACCCGUUCAUAGAUUUCCGUCUUCUUAACAAUUCUACACUCUCAGGGGAGAUUGGCACCAAGAAAAAAGUGAAAAGACUGUUAAGUUUCCAGAGGUAUUUCCAUGCAUCCCGGUUACUGCGUGGAAUUGUACCACAAGCCUCUCUGUACCUACUGGAUGAGGACUACCUUGGGCAAGCAAGGCAUAUGCUGUCCAAAGUGGGAAUGUGGGAUUUUGACAUUUUCUUGUUUGACCGCUUGACAAAUGGAAACAGUCUCGUAACACUGCUUUGUCACCUCUUCAACGUGCAUGGACUUAUUCACCAUUUCCAGUUAGACAUGGUUACAUUGCACAGGUUUUUAGUUAUGGUUCAAGAAGAUUACCAUAGCCAAAACCCAUACCACAAUGCUGUCCAUGCUGCUGAUGUCACACAAGCUAUGCACUGCUAUCUGAGGGAGCCCAAGCUUGCCAACUUCCUCACCCCAUCGGACAUCAUGCUUGGACUGCUGGCUGCUGCAGCCCAUGACGUGGAUCAUCCGGGGGUCAACCAACCCUUUCUGAUUAAAACUAAACACCACCUUGCCAGCCUGUACCAGAAUGUUUCAGUUCUAGAAAAUCAUCACUGGCGGUCUACGAUAGGCAUGCUUCGAGAGUCACGGCUUCUCGCGCAUCUGCCCAAGGAGGUGACACAGGACAUCGAGCAGCAGUUGGGCUCCCUGAUCUUGGCAACAGACAUCAACAGGCAGAAUGAGUUUCUGCUCCGUCUGAAAUCUCACCUUGACAAUCAGGAUUUGAGGCUGGAGGAUGCUCAAGACAGACAUUUUAUGCUUCAGAUUGCGCUCAAGUGCGCUGACAUUUGCAACCCUUGCCGGCUCUGGGAUCUGAGCAAACAGUGGAGCGAGCGGGUCUGCGAAGAGUUUUAUCGGCAAGGUGACCUGGAACAAAAAUUUGAACUGGAAAUAAGCCCCCUUUGUAAUCAACAAAAGGAUACAAUACCAAGCAUACAGAUCGGGUUCAUGACAUACAUUGUAGAGCCACUCUUCGAAAGGUGGGCCCAGUUUACAGGCGAUACCCCCCUGUCUGAAAACAUGCUAAACCAUCUCAGGAGGAACAAGGCCAACUGGAGGAGUUUACUCCACAAGCAGCACAGCAGUAGUAGGAGCAAUGACCACUCAGGUCAAGUGACUGGCAGCCAAGAACAGACUUUAAAUGAAGAAGAGACUCCUUAGUGGCAGCUUUGCACUUUUCCUUAUAGCACUGCUAUCUCUGUCUUGAUCACAGCAGCAAACAAAAUCCUGGGGAGCUAGGAGCCUGUUGUCAAGACCAUGGAAAGGGAAGAAAUGGCAAAGCAGAAGCUGUAAGGGUUAUUGUGAACAAGCCCACGGUUCUGCUGGGUUCACUUCUGGAUCUCCUUCACGUUCCUCUCCCCUCUUUUCAUUCUGUGCAUGCCUGAUGCCAUUCGUCACUUCUGAUCAUGAACUGCCUGAAUGCAGAGUCCCAGUCAGCAGUACUGAAAGCCAGGCCAGUUAUGGCUGCCACGAAGCAGGGAAGAUUCCUGAGAGAACAGGGGAGCUAGAGGCACUCUUGGUUAUAUAGUCAUUUACCACGAGUCAUACUGUGACAUAUGUAUAUAGGCCCAGAGUACCGUACGCUUUCCAAGCUGGCAGCUGGGCUGCACAUUAAACCACCAGCAUCUUGAGCAUCCAGAGGACACUGGCUGAGUGAGACAGCGCUCGCAGAGGGCAGAGAGAGUCUGGUUAUUUUAGUAAUUAA